GUGGAACAAGUUUCGAUCCCUGUGUGACUACAGCAAACGGCUGGGGGUUGUCCUGGAACUGACGGCCAAUCUGCCGCCUCCACAGAUGAUUGACAGGUGGCUUGGUGAACCAGUGAAAGCCCUCGUGGUGUCCACAUCGCUAUUUUUAACCAACAAGAAAGGCUACCCUGUUUUGUCCAAAAUGCACCAGAAUAUUAUUAGAAAGUUUUUCAGGCUGGAAGCCCAAGUGAUAAUUACAGGACAAGAUCGUCACCCAGACAAAACCAUCAGGUCAUACCAACAGUAUAUAGAUCACCUGUGGCAGACACAGGACCCUGCAGAUGUUGUCAGCCAGUUUGCUAAAGGAUAUGAAGAUUUCCUUCAAUCGCCUCUGCAGCCCUUGAUGGACAACUUAGAAUCUCAGACUUAUGAAGUGUUUGAGAAGGACCCGGUGAAAUAUUCCCAGUAUCAGAAAGCUGUCUACCAAGCCUUGCUGGACAAGAUUCCACUGGAGGACAGAGACACCAAAGAUGUGGUAGUGAUGGUUGUUGGGGCAGGCAGAGGUCCCCUGGUUCGAGCAUCUCUUGCCGCAGCCCAGGAAGCCGGCUGCAAGAUAAGGAAAUUAUAUGCCGUUGAGAAAAACCCGAAUGCUGUAAUAACUUUGGAGAAUCUGAAAGAGGAAGAGUGGGGUGACAAAGUUGAGGUUGUAUCUUGUGACAUGAGAGAGUGGGAAGCCCCUGAGAAGACAGACAUUCUUGUCAGCGAGCUUCUGGGAUCAUUCGGUGACAAUGAACUCUCCCCUGAAUGUCUAGAUGGUGCCCAGCGAUAUCUCAAGGAUGAUGGCAUCAGUAUACCUGAAAAAUACACCUCCUACCUGGCACCAUUAAUGUCAUCCAAACUCUACAAUGAAGUGAGGGGGUCUAAACAGGAGAAAGGAAAAUCUCCAGAGGCUGUGUUUGAGAUGCCGUAUGUUGUCCGCCUGCACAAUAUUGCCACACUUGCUGAACCGCAGCCAGUCUUCACAUUUGUUCACCCAAACAGAGAUGAAGUGAUAGAUAAUGGGCGGUUCAAGUCUCUGGAGUUUGCUAUCUCUGAGGACUGUGUUAUUCAUGGCUUUGCUGGAUAUUUUGACACAGUUCUUUAUAAGGAUGUGCUUCUGAGCAUUGUACCAGAGACACACUCACCAGGCAUGUUCAGCUGGUUCCCUAUAUUCUUCCCAAUCAAGAUUCCAAUCAACCUGCACAGAAAUUCCAAUGUGUCUGUGUACAUCUGGCGCAGGGUCACAAACAAAAACGUGUGGUACGAGUGGGCGAUUCAUGGUGGCGGACAGAUCACUCCUAUUCACAACCCUAAAGGGAGAUCAUACACAAUAGGACUUUGA